UCGCUUCUUGUUGGCAUGUGUAGCGGCAGUGGCCGCCGGCGGAGCAGUCUGAGUCCGACGAUGAGGCCGGGGACGGGAGCAGAGCGUGGAGGCCUCAUGGUGAGUGAAAUGGAGAGCCGUCCUCCGUCGCGGGGUCCCGGGAACGGGGAGCGGAGAUUGCCCGGCUCAAGCCUCUGCUCCAGCUCUUGGGUCUCUGCUGACGGCUUCCUGAGGAGCCGGCCCUCGAUGGGACACCCUGGCAUGCACUAUGCCCCCAUGGGAAUGCAUCCUAUGGGUCAGAGAGCGAAUAUGCCACCAGUACCUCAUGGAAUGAUGCCGCAAAUGAUGCCCCCUAUGGGAGGGCCACCAAUGGGACAAAUGCCUGGAAUGAUGUCUUCAGUAAUGCCUGGGAUGAUGAUGUCUCAUAUGUCUCAGGCUUCCAUGCAGCCUGCUUUACCGCCAGGAGUAAAUAAUAUGGAUGUAGCAGCAGGUACCACAUCUGGCGCAAAAUCAAUGUGGACUGAACACAAAUCACCUGAUGGAAGGACUUACUACUACAAUACUGAAACAAAACAGUCUACUUGGGAGAAGCCAGAUGAUCUUAAAACACCUGCUGAGCAACUGUUAUCUAAAUGUCCUUGGAAGGAGUACAAAUCUGACUCUGGAAAGCCUUACUAUUAUAAUUCUCAAACAAAAGAAUCCCGCUGGGCCAAACCUAAAGAACUUGAGGAUCUUGAAGGAUACCAGAAUACCAUUGUUGCUGGAAGUCUUAUUACAAAAUCAAACCUGCAUGCAAUGAUCAAAGCUGAAGAAAGCAGUAAGCAAGAAGAGUCCACUACCACAUCAACAGCCCCAGUUCCUACAACAGAAAUUCCGACUACAAUGAGCACUAUGGCUGCUGCCGAAGCAGCAGCUGCUGUUGUUGCAGCUGCUGCUGCUGCUGCAGCCGCUGCUGCUGCAGCCAAUGCCAGUGCUUCCACCUCUACUUCUAAUACUGUCGGUGGAACUGUUCCAGUUGUUCCUGAGCCUGAAGUUACUUCCAUUGUUGCUACUGUUGUAGAUAGUGAAAAUACUGUAACUAUUUCAACUGAGGAACAAGCACAACUUACUAGUAGUACUCCUGCUGUUCAAGAGCAAAGUGUGGAAGUAUCUAGUAAUACAGGAGAAGAAACAUCUAAGCAAGAAACUGUAGCUGAUUUUACCCCCAAAAAGGAAGAAGAGGAAAGCCAACCGGCCAAAAAAACAUAUACUUGGAAUACAAAGGAAGAGGCAAAGCAAGCCUUUAAAGAAUUAUUGAAAGAAAAGCGGGUACCAUCUAAUGCUUCAUGGGAACAAGCUAUGAAAAUGAUCAUUAACGAUCCACGAUACAGUGCUUUAGCAAAGUUGAGUGAAAAAAAACAGGCCUUUAAUGCUUAUAAAGUCCAGACCGAGAAAGAAGAAAAAGAAGAAGCAAGAUCAAAAUACAAAGAGGCUAAAGAAUCCUUUCAGCGUUUCCUUGAAAAUCAUGAAAAAAUGACUUCUACAACCAGAUACAAAAAAGCAGAGCAAAUGUUUGGCGAGAUGGAUGUCUGGAAUGCAAUAUCGGAACGUGAUCGUCUUGAAAUCUAUGAAGAUGUUUUGUUCUUUCUUUCAAAAAAAGAAAAGGAACAAGCAAAGCAGUUGCGAAAGAGAAAUUGGGAAGCCUUAAAAAAUAUACUUGACAACAUGGCUAACGUAACAUACUCUACUACUUGGUCUGAAGCCCAGCAGUAUCUGAUGGAUAAUCCAACUUUUGCAGAAGAUGAAGAGUUACAGAACAUGGACAAAGAAGAUGCAUUAAUUUGCUUUGAAGAACACAUUCGAGCUUUAGAAAAGGAAGAAGAAGAAGAAAAACAGAAGAGUUUGCUGAGAGAAAGGAGACGACAGCGUAAAAAUAGGGAAUCCUUUCAGAUAUUUUUAGAUGAAUUGCAUGAACAUGGACAACUGCAUUCUAUGUCUUCUUGGAUGGAAUUGUAUCCAACGAUUAGUUCUGACAUUAGAUUCACUAAUAUGCUUGGUCAGCCUGUUUUUUCAUUAGGAUCAACUGCACUUGAUCUUUUCAAGUUUUAUGUUGAGGAUCUUAAAGCACGUUAUCAUGAUGAGAAGAAGAUAAUAAAAGACAUUCUAAAGGAUAAAGGAUUUGUAGUUGAAGUGAAUACUACCUUUGAAGAUUUCGUGGCAGUAAUCAGUUCAACUAAAAGGUCAACCACAUUAGAUGCUGGAAAUAUUAAACUUGCUUUCAAUAGUUUACUAGAAAAAGCAGAAGCCCGUGAACGUGAAAGAGAAAAAGAGGAGGCUCGGAAGAUGAAACGAAAAGAAUCUGCCUUUAAGAGUAUGUUGAAACAAGCUGCUCCUCCGAUAGAAUUGGAUGCUGUCUGGGAAGAUAUCCGGGAGAGAUUUGUAAAAGAGCCAGCAUUUGAGGACAUAACUCUGGAGUCUGAAAGAAAACGAAUAUUUAAAGAUUUCAUGCAUGUGCUUGAGCAUGAAUGUCAGCAUCAUCAUUCAAAGAACAAGAAACAUUCUAAGAAAUCUAAAAAACAUCAUAGGAAACGCUCUCGCUCUCGAUCGGGGUCAGAUUCAGAUGAUGACGAUAGCCAUUCAAAGAAAAAAAGACAGCGAUCCGAAUCUCGUUCUGCUUCAGAGCAUUCUUCUAGUGCCGAGUCUGAGAGAAGUUACAAGAAGUCAAAAAAGCAUAAGAAGAAAAGCAAGAAGAGGAGACAUAAAUCUGACUCUCCAGAGUCAGAUGCUGAGCGAGAGAAGGACAAAAAAGAAAAGGAUCGAGAAAGUGAAAAGGACAGAACCAGGCAAAGAUCAGAAUCAAAACAUAAAUCACCUAAGAAAAAGACUGGAAAGGAUUCUGGUAAUUGGGAUACUUCUGGCAGUGAACUGAGCGAAGGAGAAUUAGAAAAGCGCAGAAGGACCCUUUUGGAGCAACUGGAUGAUGAUCAAUAAAUUAUACCAAAUAUAUGUUUACAGUAUGAUUUAAAUCUAAUUCAGACCAGGGACUCUGUUUUAAGUUCAAUUGAAAUAACACUGGGUUUUAAUUAUAUCACAGAACAAAAAGUGCAUUUAAGUAUUGUUAUUGUGGACUUGACUUUAUAAAGACAAAGGAAAUUGAAAAUAACUUUUGAUUCUAUAAUAAUCAUAUUUUCAUAUGGUCAUAACUGUCUUUCUGUGACCCUUUCAGAGGGCACUGCAGGAUGGAUUAAAGGUGGCAAUUUACUGAUAACUGCAGAUGUCUCUACUUUGUUCUAAAGUCUAAGUCAUGAGGUGGUUUGAUUUACUUUAUAGAAGUUGGAUUUUGAUGAUAAACUGAAAAUUUUUUUGAUACAUAGUAGUACAAAAAAAGCACCAGCAACUGAUAAAACUGCUUUUUUGUGCACUACCCAACUGGUUAAAGCUGAUGUGAUCUUUUAUGGUGAGCUCCUAAGAAAUAGGUGAUUUUGAUGGAAAUCUGGCAGACCCUGAACUACAGUGGUGCCAAUGACUACUACUGUAGUAAAGCCACCUUUGUCAUUUUUUUACUAAACAUCUGAUACAUUUUAAGAAGGCUAUUAUGAGGGCAUUAUUUUGAAUAUCUAUUUUGAGGUGAUGUUUAAGAAAAUUAACAUCAAAUCAAAUUGUAAAUUAGUUUAAAUAUUUGCCUUAAGGACCUACUAAAGAAUGUGCCACCAAAUUUUAAAUGAUAGUUGCAGUAUCCUUGUCUAAAACACAAAUGAAUGUUGACUUAAACAUUUUCUUUAACAGAGUUGUCUUUUUUUUUUUAAAUCCAAUCUUUUUUUUUUUUUCAUUGAGGAAGUCUUUUACCUUCCCUACACACUGAGAAGUAUUGACUUCGUGGUACACAUUCUAAAGCAUUUCUGAUUUGAAUAUUUUUGUACAUUUUUAUCAAUUAUUAAACCUUCUCUUCUA